AUGACCGGUCUCCAGUGGGACCUCCAGGGAAUGGCAGGUCUGAAGGGGGACCUCCAGGGGGACCUUAAGGAAAUGGCAGAUCUCCAGGGGGACCUCCAGGGAAUGGCAGGUCUCCAGGGGGGACCUCCAGGGAAUGGCAGAUCAAAAGAGGAACCCCCAGGGAAUCGCAGGUCUCCAGGGGGACCUCCUGGGAAUGGCAGGUCUCCAAGGGGACCUCCAGGGAAUAGUAGACCUCCAGGGGGACCUCCAGGGAAUGGCAGGUCUCCAGGGAAUGACAGGUCUCCAUGGGGACCAGGAAAAGGCAGGUCUCCAGGGGGACUUCCAGGGAAAGACAGGUCUCCAGGGGGACUUCCAGGGAAUGGCAGGUCUCCAAGGGAUCCUCCAGGUAAAGGCAGGUCUCCAAGUGGAACUCCAGGGAAUUUCAGGUCUCCAGGGGGGAUCUCCCUGGAAUGGAAGGUCACUAGAGGGACAUCCAGGGAAUGGCAGGUCUCCAGGGGGACCAAGGAAUGGCAAGUCUCCAGGGGGACCAAGGAAUGGCAGGUCUCCAAGGGGACCUCCAGGUAA